AUGAACGGCCUCCAGGAUAUCGAUGGGCUUUCCGAAUGCAUCGGUCGGGCCAUCCAGGACCAUCUUGCCAGAUUGAACAUCAAUAUCGCGUGGCCACAGCUCGACAACCUUGACCAUCCCAUCCUUCGCGUGGAGGCUUUCCUCGAAGAGGCCGAUGCGAACCAUGCAACAAGAGCGCAGUCCGAGAGGGUCGCGUCGAGAACCGUCGAUCUGGCGAGUAUGAGAACGCCGGCCCCCACACAAAGUCCAAUGCCGGUAGAUUCUAACGACUAUGAGGAGUCAUCGUCGAUGGACGAGUCUAAUCCCCGGGACGACCCGUACCCAUCGGAACAACACUCCCGCGAUACCCGUAGAAAAGGUACUGGCGGUCUGAGGGUGUCGCAGAACCAGUCCUCUUUCCAAGAAGAUUUGACCGAGCACCAACGCCAAAUGCAGGUGGAUAGCCGAAGCUUUCCCAAGCGGAAAAAGGUAGCGUCUGAUAAGUUUGUCUUCCAGCCUUCCACUCUAGACAAGCUUAUCAUCGGAAUUUGGGAGCAAGUACACAGUACACUCAACCUCGACCCGAAAGCUAUAUUCGAACAGUUCCAGGUAUCUCCCAAUGGAUCUUCCAUGGGUGUGGUUCGACAAACGCAAACGGAAGAGCCAUCAGCAGCCAUUACCACUUCGAACACGAAAUCCGAAUCCUUCAGUCAGAUGAAUGUUUUCUGUCGCAAGGUCACACAAGCGAGUCGUGUGUGCCGGUCAAUAGAAAUGAUUGUACAAGCUCGCUGGGUCGAGCUCUUUGAGGAGCAGGUACAAUAUCGGAGCCAAUCGAGGCCUGACCUGUCUACGACAAAGCACAGGAAAGCUGUGUUUAUGGAAGCGUGCCAGGACUUCGACUGGUCUGAGUAA